UAAAGACUGAGGGAAAGAAGAAGACACCUUUUCUGAGUAAACCAACUGAUCUAACCAUCACAACCUGAAGCUUUUUCUGUCUGGAUUUGAAUCUGAACUUAAACCUUGGUAUGAAGCAGUGGUUAAAUGUCUCCAGCUUUAAUUCCCCAGAAAUGAACAACACUGUGAUAGUCUUCUCCUGCUCCUUGUGUCCUCUAUACUACACAUCUCAAAUUGAUCUUGAUGAACACACAGUGACAUUCCACCAAGGGAAAUUAGGAGAAAUUAAAUAUGAAAACAUGAUGCCUGCAGGAAGCUCCAGUAGUGAGCAGAACACUGGUGGUAAUUUACCAACUACCACCAAUCACAAACCUCUGGAGGAAGAGCUUCACCAAUACACAGAGUGUGGGAACAGUUUUACUCAAGUGGUUGAUCUCAAAACUCAACACCACCUCCAUGCAGGAGAAAAGCCGUACAAGUGUUCGGAGUGUGGAAAAAGGUUUAAUCACAGGAAUACUCUCCGACAACACCAGCGUAUUCACACAGGUGAGAAGCCACAUCACUGUUCGGAGUGUAAGAAGAGCUUUACUCAUCAGAGUGCUCUCCAGCGACACAAGCGCAUUCACACUGGUGAGAAGCCGUAUCACUGCUCAGAGUGUAAGAAGAGAUUUACUCAUCAGAGUGCUCUCCAGCGACACAAGCGCAUUCACACAGGUGAGAAGCCGUAUCACUGCUCACACUGUAAGAAGAGCUUUACUCAUCAUAGCGCUCUCCAGCGACACCAGCUCAGUCACACAGGAGUGAAGCUGCAUCAGUGCUCACAGUGUGGAAAGAGUUUUUCCCACAAAAGUGGUCUCCAGACACAUCAGCGCAUUCACACAGGAGAGAAGCCGUACAGUUGCUUAGAGUGUGGCAAGAACUUUGCACAACUGGGUCAUCUUCAGCAACACCAGAACGUUCACACGGGAGAGAAGCCAUAUAGUUGCUUAUACUGUGGAAAGUGUUUCGCACAAGUGGGCCAUCUUCAAAAACACCAGACUGUUCACACGGGCGAGAAGCCAUAUCGCUGCUCGGAGUGCGGAAAGAGUUUUACUCAGCCGAGUACUCUCCAAGCACACCUACGUAUUCAUACAGGAGAGAAGCCGUAUCAGUGCUCACAGUGUGGGAGGAGUUUUACUAAAAGAAGCACUCUCAAAGCACACCAGCGCAUUCAUACAGGAGAGAGACCUUAUCAGUGCACUCAGUGUGGGAAAAGCUUUACACACCUGCUGAGUCUCCAGAUACACCAGCGAAUACACACCGGAGAGAGACCCUAUCACUGUUUACAGUGUGGGAAGAGCUUUAUUCGCCAAACUUAUCUCCAGAUCCAUCAGCGCAUUCACACGGGAGAGAAGCCGUAUGUCUGCUCACAGUGUGGGAAGAGUUUUAGUCAGCUGAACACUCUGAAAUCACACCAGCGCAUUCACACAGGAGACGCCUCUGACGCACUUGAUGCAUUCUAAUCACAGUUCAGCAAGCGAUUUACUUACUCUAUAGCUAGAUAAAGAAAAACAACGUGUUUAGGCCAAAAAUCGGAUAGUUACAAUCUGUAGCAUAUUGAUUGUUCAUUCCUAUCUGUUGCAUGCAUGACCAAGAAAAGCACCAUUCUUUAACAUGGGAACUUCCUGGGUUUGCCUCUGUUCUAUGCUUGUCAGGCUUACAUGGCUUAAAUGACUAAGUUAUUUAUAUUUGUUGGAACCUAAUUAAAUCUGUCAGAAAACAUACGGUCGAAAUGCGAAAAGGUCGAAGAGCGAAUGUAAUUAUCCCAUAAGAAAUAAUGGAUACCCUAUUAAUCCGUUCCCGACCUCCACCGAUACCCAAUAAUUAACAAUUUUUGCCCCGUUUUUAGCAGUAUUAAUACUAAAUAAUACAUAAAAUAAUACAGGUACAUAAAUAAUAUUGUAUAUAAUACAGUAAAAAGUAUACAUUAAAAACUUUACAAAAGUAACAAAAAAAAUGAUUGUACUGUACUGUACUUACUCGUUAAGUCGCAGUGAUGGCUUGAUGGAGUGGGUGGGAGGAGGCUGAGUGGUGGUGUUAGUUUACACUUUUGUUUAAAGUGUUUGUUUUACACUUUAAACAAAGUAUUGUGUAUACAAUAUACACGCACUAAAUUGUUAUAUUGACCGCUAAAUAACACUAAUAUUGUUUACAAACCGAAGUUUAAUUUACGAUAGAGGCGAAGGCUGAGGCGAGACUGGGAAGAUCCUUCCCCUCGCGCCACGUGGGUCGAGGUCGAUAAGCAGGGAUUUGGUCGUUCAGCGGGCGCAAAUUUCGGUCGAAAGUUGAUGUCCAAGCCGGUCGAUAAGCGGGGUACCACUGUACUGAGAAUGACAUUUAAAGUCUUAACACAUACGUAUCUGGUUUGGAUCUUUCUGGUCAGUUCUUUAGCAAUAAGUGAAAUUCUUCAGAGCCUGAAAAAUGCAAUAUGUUGUUUUGUAUGAUAUCCGGUAACAGUUAUAUUGUUAACAAUGUUCACAGUUAAUUCCUGUGUAAGACAUAUCUCUGAACUUGAUUUAUGAAACAUAAACAAUGCUGUGAAACUUGUACAUACUUUAAUAAUCUAUAUACUGUAUUAGACUGUAAUUAUGUAAAUACUGCACAGCUUCACCAUGUCCAUCAAGUCUGAGAGAUUUACUCCAUUCAUACUCAAGCUUCACUCACUGUCUCAUGAAGUCUGUGCUGUCCAUAAAGUCCUGCUCAAGAUGUUUAAAUUUUUCUUGCACUUGUAACAAGGGCUGAAAACUCUGAAUGGUGUCAGUUCUGGAGCAUCUUGAUGAUCUGGGAUGAUCUUGUUCACCGUAAGGACCUCAUUUAUCACUUCUCGCGCCUCAUCCAGUGGAUAUAAUGCUUGUGGUUUUAUCAUCACUCUAGUCUGUUUUCAGAAAUGUGUGUGUUGUGUUUUGAUGUUUAAAUGUUAUUUGUUUAGCACUUGAAUUCAAACUGAAUAGAAGUUAAGCCACCUUCUUGUCAUUGUUAUGGGUAGAAGGAGGAGUGCAUAUAUUCACAUGUUGAAUUAAUAAAAAAUAUGAUCUUGUUUCUGAGAAUUCCUGAGAAAGGCAACACACAAGAACUGAAAGUAUCAGGUAAAAAAUGGGGAUUAUGUUAUGCUCUGCA